GGUACCGUGGUGACCCACACGAGAUUGAUUCUUACGGUUUCUUCCUCACACUCCUUGCUUGGUACGUCGCGUGAACCAGCUAAACCGAAGCACCAAAAAUGGCGGCAAGUAACCGCACAGUAUUGCAAUUCUCGUCUUCAAAGACCUUAUCCGGAAAAGUUCAUCCUCUCGUUAUCUUCAACAUCUGUGAUUCCUAUGUCCGUCGUCCUGACCAAGCAGAGCGCGUCAUCGGAACACUACUCGGUUCCGUUCUUCCUGACGGAACCGUUGAUAUCCGUAAUUCAUACGCCGAUCUUCACAACGAGAUCGGUGAUCAGGUUCUUUUGGAUAUUGAGUACCACCAGAAUAUGUUACUAUCCCACCAAAAAGUGAAUCCCAAGGAAGUUAUAGUUGGAUGGUAUUCAACUGGUCUUGGAGUAACUGGUGGCAGUGCAUUAAUCCAUGACUUUUAUUCUCGAGAAGUAUCCAACCCCAUACAUUUGACUGUCGAUACAGGAUUUGCAAAUGGAGAGGGCACCAUAAAAGCAUAUGUUUCAAACAAUUUAUCUCUUGGAGACCAGCAAAUUGCUGCACAGUUUCAAGAAAUUCCUUUGGAUCUUCGUAUGGUUGAAGCUGAACGCAUUGGAUUUGAUAAUCUGAAAUCAACUUAUGUUGAUAAAAUCCCAUCUGAAUUAGAAGGGAUGGAAGCAUCAAUGACACAUCUACUGGCUUUGAUUGAUGACACCUACAAAUACGUUGAUGAUGUUGUGGAAGGGCGUGUUGAUCCAGACAACAAAAUUGGGAAAUGUAUAUCAGAUGCUGUAGGUUCCCUCCCCAAAAUCCCCUCCUCGGCUUUUCAUAAGCUUGUGGAUGACAGCUUGGAGGAUCAUUUGCUCAUGCUAUACUUAUCUAGCAUCACAAGGACACAGCUCAGCCUGGCUGAAAAAUUGAACACGGCUGCUCAGAUUCUAUGAUUGUAUCGUGAACAAAUACAAUUUUGCUUAGGGAAGUCGUCAUUAUGUGAUAUUUCCCGAAACUUGGAAUAUCAGUAUUUUGUAAUUUUUUAAUACCAACAUAAUGCACUUUUAGGUAAUUUUGGUUUUUUUGUUCGAGGUUGCUUUGUAGUGGUUCACGGACUUCACUUAUGUAAUAUCUAAUGUCAUCUUUGAAAAAUUAGGUUCCUUUUGUCUGCAAUCUUUGGCUAUGCAAUGCUAAAUAGUUAUUCUCAUCCUA